AAUGGAAUCAACCUUAUUUUCCAUUUACGAAAGUCAAAAUUUCUCCCAUGAAUCAUCUUCUUCUCCCUCUGGCUCGUGGAGCUCGCAAGAAUCAUCGCCAUUCUUUUGGAACGAUGAGUUCUUCGACCCGACAUCCGAAUUCUUCUUCCCUACUCCCAAUUGUUACUACGAAGAGAAUCUCGCCAACGAAGAAGAGGUGGCGACGAUCAAAGGAGAAGUAUCCAAUUCGAAAGGGGAAAAAGCCUACAGAGGAGUCAGAAGACGUCCAUGGGGGAAAUACGCGGCGGAGAUUAGGGAUUCGACGAGAAACGGGAUCCGGGUUUGGCUCGGAACGUUCGACACCGCGGAGGAAGCAGCGUUGGCUUACGACCAGGCCGCUUUCGCACUCAAAGGCGUCUCGGCCAUACUGAAUUUCCCGGUCGAAGUGGUUAGAGAAUCGCUUCAAAACAUGAAAAACGUCAAUUUCAAUGAUGGAGGGUCACCCGUCAUGGCCUUGAAACGCAAGCAUUCUCUCCGAAACCGGCCUCGAGGGAAGAAAAGAUCAUCAUCAUCAUCAUCACCAUCAUCACCACCACCAUCAUCAUCAAUAAGACAACGAAUGAUUAAGCAAGAAUUCACCGACAGUACACUUGUGAUUCUUGAGGACUUGGGUGCUGACUACUUGGAGGAGCUUCUCAUGAGUUCGUGCAAUUGACGUCAGCUUCAUUUCUCUUCUGUUCACUUCUGAUUUUCUUCAGUUUCUAUAAUUUUAUUUUAUUUCAUUUUAUUUCAGUUUCCUUUUUUUUGGUAAUAUUUUAUUUCAUUUUCGUUGUUAGUUUUUAGCAUUCUUGCCAAACGACAUACUAUUGGGAGAAGUAUCGAUAUUUUGAUGUUGUAAGUGUUAUAAUUCUGUUAUUGCCUAAUGGAUAGCGAGUGUUUAUCCACUUUCGUGCCUUU